ACCCUUGUAAUCCUAUCCAUCUCUUGCAGUCAAUCAAGCAACAUUAGACCAAAGCACCCUUGCUACUUGUUGGCGACACCCUUGACAGAAGAGCAAUUGCAAUUUCGUCGAACUAGUUGGCGAUUCAUAUUCGGCGAAAGGGCAUUUUGGAACGUAAGCUAGUUCCAUCCAAGCUCCGACCCUCCCUCGCGUCCACGCGUGUUCCGUCACGGCAGCCAUCAUGAGCGGCAAUGCUUUUCUGCAUCAAGCGCUCCCGACGAAUACCAUCGGCAGUGACACUACAAUCCCGACCUUUUCCGAAGGGAUCUUUCACGACACGCUAGCACGCUACGAAACGAUCUUGACCGACACGCAGCGCCCCUUGUCCGAGACGGACUAUCAAGCGCUGCUGUACGCAUGGAGGCGUUCCGCCAGUCUCGUCGUCCAGCAACAAGUGCGUGAACGGGAACGCCAGCGUGUUUCUAUGCUUCUCUUGCUAUCCCAGCUUUUGCCGAGUCUCGACGUUCGUACCAUUCACGGGACGCUCCAGAACGCACUGGGACAGCCGCGAUCCGAUUCGUUGUGGGAACUGCUCUUGGGCGCCAGCGACUACGAUUGGCCUCAGCUUGUGGGCGAUUACACCAACGUCAGCAACGAGGCAAUCGAUCUCGAGUUGUUUCUCUGUCUGCCGUCGCAUUUGCAAGCGGCAACGCGACCGCUGACGUCGUCGCGUCAGCGCAAGCGGCUCAAACGCAAUCCGGGAGCGGUGGAUAGCUCCGCGUCGUGUUGGAAAACCCUGCUAUGCUACCUACUGACGUCUUGGACCACGGAAAGCCUACAGAAUAUGGGUUUGUCUUGGACGGUAGCGGAAGCGCAAGACCGGGUGCGUACGUACGCCAACUUGUUUGGUAUCUGGUGCAACUGUACGUUUUUGGAAACGGGAAUGCUCGUCUACUGGAUCGACUACUGGCGUGCGAAUCGGGAAGUGUGCCUACCCGAAGAUUUGCAUGUACAUUGGUUGGUCCAGCAAUUGGUGCACCACAAAAACUUUGCCCCACUUUACACUCUGGAAACCGCCAGCGGUCUUUCCUUUCACGCCCUGGCGGCUUGCUGUGCCAAAAUAAUGUGCCUGAAGAACGAUGCUGGCUUUGCCGACGACCAGGAUGCCAUCCAGUGUGCACGUGAUCUCAUGCUUGGCUUUCGAGUGGACACCUACAUAUCUGGUUUGCCGAAUAAUCCGAGUGUCGAUACGGACGACAGUCUCAAGCCGAUCUUAUCACGACGGGAACGGUUAUCUCGCCCGGGGUAUCCCUUGUCGGUGAUGUUGGAAAUUGAACUUGCGGAUGAUCAACUGCAUCAAGCGAUUCAACAGGCGCACGCAAUGGAAAAGUACGGCCCACAGUGGAAUGAGCACGAACGUCGCCACGUUUGGAAGGCAUCGCGUAAAUCCCUACUGAUUCUCCUCAUUACUCGCUAUUCACUACAGAAAGGUUUGGAACUCUUCGAAAAGUACUGGCCGUUACCACCCAUGACUCUAUCGCAGCAAGAAGAAUGGGCGGCCAAACUGGUGGAUGACCCCAAUCCUGUCCCUUCGUCCGUGCCGACCUCAGCCAGCGGACUUCCGGAUUACUCGGCACUAUUGCAACGACCAAAUCCAGCAAGUCAAGUUCUUUUGAUCGACCGACUUGACGGAGCUGAGCAGGAAUUAGUCGAAGUACAAGACUCGGAUGAAGGUGAAGACACGUCCGUGGAGGAUGGUCUUCAAGCUGAAGCAGAACCGUUGGGGGGAAUCGACGAGCCUAUUGAGCUAGUUGAGUCGCAUGAAGAAGACGAGGCAUUUUCGAGAGAAGAUAUGAGAGCAGAGGUUGAAAGUUCCGAGGGAAAUAGUGAGGAAGAAGUCGGCUAUGACGACGAAAGUCGACCUGAAUCUGAAGGCUCGUAUCACGUGGAGCAGGAGCCAGCUCAUGUCGAAAUUGUAGAAGUCGGCUCGCAGAUAGGCGAAGAUAGUCACGACGGUUUGAAGCGCUCAUUCUCUAGACACACAUCAGAGCGUAAACGGAAAGUGCCCCUCUUUGAUGGCGACGAAACCGCCGAUGAGAAAAGUGUCGCGGAGGUCUUCGAGUCUAUUGCUUCCCAAUUACGUGAUCAUUCCAGUCCAUUAUUAGAUGCUGUUGACGAGCAAAACGAACAGUUAUCGGUCGAAGUCGAAAGCAGCGUAGAUGCCGAAUCUUCGACGGAGGAUGCGGAAAACACCCCUAGAAGGCACACUGAAGAGCAGCGGCAGGAAGAAAUCGCUGUCACUGGCAUAAUUGAAGAAAAUGUGAAUAUUGAAGACCGCGAAAGUAUAAAGGAAUCGGAGGGAAAUGUAAUGAAGGGUACUGAGCAAGAGGAUAGCCAGGGAGAAGCAGUCGAUCGUGGAAACCUGUCAAAGCGUCAAAACAGAGUUUCCUUUUUGAAUUCUACCUCCUUUGACCCUGGCUACUUUGCCGAGGAUAGCCAGGCCCAUUCUGAAGAAGACGAUGAAGAAUACCGAGACGAAAAAGGUGUAGCUGUCACCGUGGAGAAUAGAGAAGCUGUCAUCCACGUUCCCAAGGAUCGAUUUGAAAUUGGUGAGCCUACGACGCCGAAAAUAGUCAAGACGAGCCAGUUGGCGAGCGCAACGUCGUAG